AUGGCCUCUGUACAGUACAUUUUGGGCGUAACGCUGUUUAUUGUGUGUUUUGUCGUUGUUGAGUUGUUUAUGGGGGAGAGCGUAAUGAUUAGGCUGUGGUUCAAAUCAGACAAUGAAGGGUCUCUCAACGGCAGAAAGCCAUUUUACUUAGCUACUUCUUUGUCCGAACCCGACGACUGGAAACUAUCUAUAGUUCGGACCGGCUUUGGUUCUGGUUCUGUUAAUCUGGACACUGUAAACUAUAAGCCGAGAAUUCGAAAUGGAAACCGGGCACCUAUCCAAAGUAAGUCAGAGAAUACUCAGAAAGAGAGUGCCUAUUCUUCUCUGUUCAAAACCUCCCAAACCAUCAAGCGGCCCCCCAUGCCUCGUUAUGAACGACGUAUUAGACAUCGAAACCCCUAUCGACCAACCGAUUUUGAUCCUGUUUUUCACUCCACUGACGCCCCCGACGUGGAAUACGACGUGACCUUCUGUUCCCAGGGCACCAUUACUCGCUGGGGCUUCAUGCUGGAAGUUUCUCGCCGCUGGCGCGGCCCGAUGUCCAUCGUGUACUACUUCCCGAAAGAGAACGAAUCGUACUUCCUCUCGCUGAAGGCCGAAUCGAAUCUCCGCCCGAACAUUAUCGUGGACUACGUGAUUCAAACAGAUCCCUUCUACUUCCCCAUCAACACGCUCCGCAACCGCGCCAUCGACAAUGUCAAGACCACCCACUUUUGGCUGACUGACAUGGACGUCUGGCCCUCCUUCGGGAGUUACGACGCGAUCAUGCAUCUCCCGCUGGAAUUCUUUCAGGAUCCGAAGAACGCAGGGAUCGUCCCCGUGUUCCAGAUGCGUCGGCAUCGCUGUCGAACGUUCCAAGAGUGCAUCAACUAGUACGCGCAGAGGCCGCUUCACAUCCAGCUAUAAAUCGAGUCUGCCGGACACGAAGGAAGAAUUGGUGGCGUGCAAGCAGCAGGGAAGGUGCGAGACGUUCCGUCCGGGGCAGCGACUGCACGAUUAUUACUUCAAGGAGUGGUACCAGUCGAACUACACGGUGCCGCUGACUCCGUUGAUUUGUUUCUUUGGAGAGACGCAGGAGCCGUGCGAGUAGUGGAGGAGGGGAGUGAGAGCUAGGUAUGUGGUGGUGAAGAAGGUUCCCGGGAUGCCGCGGUUUGACGAGCGAUUCGCGAACUAUGCGUUCAAUAAGGUGGAGUGGCUGGAGCAUUUGCGGUAUCGUGGGUAUAUGUUUUGGGUGAUAACGGACGCGUUUGGGUAUGAUAUCCCGCAUCCAUCGUGGGGAUUGGAACGAGGGUUGAGCGUAGAUCGAAGUUUAAGAAGGACUUUUUCGUGGAGAUGAAGAGAACGCAUAAGUUCCCAAUGAAAGACGUGUAUCGACAUUUCCUGCGAGAGUUGAGAUACAACUAUUCGGAUCUGUCAGUGAUUCCUUUCUGUCGAGGGAAGAAUCGACCUCCCCUCAGUGAUCGGAAAUAAUUAUUAUAAUUGUUGGUGUUAUCAUUAUUGUUACUACAAUCAUAAUAAUUGGUGUGUUGACGUG